AUGGACAAGACUCAGAGACGCCGAGUCCAGGGGAAAAGAUCACGCACUGGAUGUCUACCGUGCCGCAUCCAAAAGAUCAAAUGCGACGAAACUCAACCCUGCUGUCAACAGUGUUACAAACGUAACCGUGCAUGCAACAUCUCAAGCGCUCGGUUCCGCGUCUAUAAUCGCGGCUCUGAUCCACAGCCUGCCACGGCUCAGAGGCCGUCAAAGUCAUCGGAACCUGACCCUAUCGAUAACAGUUUCCGCAAACCCGACGAAGACGCCCUUGACAGAUCUUGGCAUUUACUUGUUGGCAAUGAUAGCACGUCUCCAGAUCUAGACGCGGCCGCCGAAACGCCCAGUGUCCCCAGCCCAAUCUCAAACACUGUCUAUGACUCGAGUCACAUCCUGGUACGAAUGGCGAGCUUACCGAGGGUCCAUCCUAGUGAAGCUCAACCUCACUUAGCGAUUGGAGCCACCCUGCCAGGUACCUCAGGCACAGUGAGCUCACCUCCAUCAAACAGCAUUGCAGCGCAGUCAGAAGUGCCUCGACGGGACUCAAACAUCCCCGAACCAUUUGAUUUCAUUGUCUCGCCCUCUUCGUUUGGAACAGAUGAGAGUUUGCCGCAUUUGCCCGCAAUGGUCGCGGCACACGCUCUGACACCAUCUGACGACUAUACGAAUGCAAGAGCCAGGGUCUCGACGAGUUUGAUAGACCAGAGAUCGGAAAUCAUAGAAACAGACCCUGAACUGUCCUUUUUCUUGCGGCAAUUCGCCGAUACAAUGGGAAACUGGAUGGAUUUAUUCGAUAUGGAUCGGCAUUACCAUAGAGUCAUACCAAUGCUCGCAUGGAGUAGCCCGCUGCUUCUCUAUUCUGCCUGCGCCGUGGCAGCCAAGCAGCUUACUUUAGUUGAACCAUCUCCACAAGAGCUACGGUCCUAUAUGGAGUUCUGGCAGACCACCUCUCACAAGGACUUUGCAUGGUAUAGCACCAAGUACUACGAUCGUGCUAUCUCGUUACUUUUGAGGUAUGUUUCCGAUGUCAGUUCAGGAGACUCUGGGCAGGAAAGAGCAGAGCAACAAAGUGAGCGUGAUCACGAUCCCAAACCAUGUAGAAAUGAGAUCAUCAUAGCGGCCACCAUCUUAUCAGUUUACGAGUUUCUCACCGCUAGUGACCAGACGUGGUCUGAACACCUUGAUGGUAUCCGAUCCUUUAUUCGUCUAUCGGACGAAUUAGCCUUCAACUUCCAGCCCACGUCGGCAAGCCUAAUCCUUGAUCCUCUGCUACCAAGUCUACUACGGGCUGCCUGUUGGAACUUUGCAAGGCAAGACUUUCUUGCAGCUUUGAUCAAUGGUCACAAGACUAGGCUCGACACUGAAAAUCCAGUUAUCUGGCGACGAAUGGGUCUAAACGUCUCUGCAAAUGGGAAACCAAUAGUCCACGUGCAUUCCGACUCCCCAGAGGAUCCCUAUUCACAGGCUUUACGACCUGACAUAAUAUCUAAUACGCUCGUAUGGCUUCUCUCAAAACUAGCCAACUACGUUGCCCUUGUAAACGAUCCAAGACAGCAAGCAAACUCGGCGAGAGGUCUAGAGAUUACGUGGCUGUCGCUGAAUCAAGACUUUGAACUAUGGCACCAGGGACUGCCCUCUAGCUUUCGACCGUCAUACCGAGUGCGAUACGCGCCGCGUCACAGUGCCGAAGGGUGUCGGACAUGUAGGCACCAGCCUGAAUCAUUGAUUUGUCACGAAACUUGGUAUAGCAACAGUAUGUGUGCCUCUAGCAUACAGUCCUACCACAUGAGUCAGAUACUACUCUUGAUUCACAAACCAGAAGGGCUAGCAGCAGCUCCUAUUUCGCGACCCUCUGCCUCGGAAGGCCCUUUCGAUGCCUUAGCAAGGUUUAACCAGAUAAAACGGGUCCUGCAAUAUCAUGCUGCAGAGAUUUGUGCUAUAGCAUUGUCUAGACUGGAAGCAGCCGCGAAAAUCCAUAUGCUGCAGCCUGUUUACCUUGCAGGUCGUUGUCUACACACUAAAGCUGAUCGUGCUAUUGUUCUGAGGCUACUUGAAUCUAUUGAGAUCGAGUUGGGAUGGAGCUCACGAUACCGAGUGAAUGAUUUACUCAGAGAAUGGGGCAUGGAUCGCGAAGAGAUUAUGGAUUGCUGUAGUUGA